AUGAGGGAGACUAUUGAACUAGAAUUCCGAAGACCUAAGUUCAGUUUUACUUUGACAUUUACUAUCUGUGUGACUUUGGACAAAUCACUGACUGUCUCACAAAGCGUGUUUUUUUCCUUAUCUGUUACAUUAGAGAAUAAAAAGUCAGGGAAGAAAGUCAAGGCAGAAGAGAAGCCAACAAUGCCCAAGACGAAGCGAAAGAAACACCAAACUGAGCUUAUCCAAGAGAACUUUAAAAAGACUCGAACCCCCCUAGGCAUGCGCAUGCUGGAGUCUGUGAAGGUUUUUCAUGCACUGGGGAAGAAGAAUGAUAAGAAAACUGGGCUCCCUUCCUGUCGGGUCUUGGGAAAUUCAAUCAACCCUAAAGACCGCCAGCCACCCCCAGCGAUCCAGCCAUGGCGGCAUACCCCACGUGAGGGUCAGGGUCCUGAGAAAACUCAAGGCCAAGCCCAGAAACCAGACAGCAGUGCUGAAAAAGAGUGUCCAUCUCCAUCCCAGUAUGAGCUGCCUCCUCCUGGGAAGGUCAACUGGAUGCCUCUGCCUUUUUCUGCCUGGGACAAGCCUCAAGCUCGACCUGCUCCUCGGAGGCCACAGUCUCUGGCCUCACAUCGGCCUGCUGUGGCUGACCGUGCCCAGCCUGCUGCUACUAACCCAGCUCAACCUGCUGCAGUGAGUUCACCCCAGCCACCUCCGGCCUCUUUGCCAGGUCCCGCCAAACCAGCUCAGCCAACUGCGACCAACCCAACCCAAGCGGGUUGGACCGACCAUACCCAGCCUAGUGUCCGUCCGUCUGCUGCUCCGAGGCCUGCACCGUACAAAACUUCACCUUCCACUUCUCUCCAGCGGGAGCCUGUUCCCCCUGCUCUGACUAAGCGCCAGUCACCACCGGAGCUCCAAACCCCAUUUCUAUUCCAAGACUUCAGGAAGCACCAAAUUCAAUGGAGGCAACCCAAUGUUCCUGAGCCAGUAAUGUCAAAGCCCAUCGAACAAGAGCAGAGGCCAGAGCGGGAGGCCAUGAAGAGGCGGGCUCAAAAAGAACGUGAGAAUGCUGCCAAAUACACCUCUCUGGGGAAACUGACGUUUUUCACUGAGAGGAAAAAAGAAAUGGAAAUUGCUGACUACUACGGAUACGUAGUGUAA